AUGGUAGCACCAAAUUCGACUCUAGACAAUUACGAUCUAUCUGUACAACAACAAGCAGAAUUCCUUGCAACUGGAUUAAAGAGAAAAGAAGAGUACAAGAGAUGGAGAUCGAGUAGCGAUCAAUUUGAAAUGACACUCUUUUUCAUAUUUGGUUUCUUUUGUCAAUACCUUUGGUUGUGUGGACUCUUUUACGUGCGAUCAAAGAAUUCCAAAGCUAGACUCUUUGCAUGUUUGUCACUUGGUUUCCUCAUAGUAGGUUUCAUUGCUGUUGUUACUAUGAGUAUGGUUGUCAUUUGGUAUAAUAAAUCAAUAAACAAUUAA